AUGGCAGCAAUAUUAAAUGGUCUCUUCGGAGGCUCCGAGCCAUCUGCAGCUCCUGUUCAAGCUGGAGAUUCUGACUUCGCCGAUUUCGCUGGAGCUCCAGACCCAACUCCGGCUUUCUCUGCAAUUCCCUCGGCCGCCGACUACACGGGCCCAGUAGCAACCCCAACUGGCGCUGCAGUUCCCUACACAAAAUGGUACAAUGUUCAUGAGCGACAUUCUUUGAAUGAGUUCAAGCAAGAAGGUAUCAUUUUGGGAUUGCUGAUCAUCAUCGUUUCCAUCCACUUGUUCGGAACUAGCACGAACCGCAAGAAGGCGAAGAAAUGGAUGACUGCACACGCACCAGUCCUGCGCAAGGAAUUCGCAUUGGUUGGGUUCGGUGGCCGCGCUCCAACAAUUGAGGAAACUGAGCGUGAAGAAACGGCAAAUUCAUUGGCUAAACAACUCGAAUUGCCCGAAGACAUGUUGAAGGAGAAAUCUCUACAGGAGUAUGCAACAUAUGCGACUGGUCGUCAAAAUAUCGCAUUCCUCGAUGUCAACAUCAAGCUUUUCAAGCGCUACAAUCCUUUCGCGCUCAUUCUCGAGUACGGCUUCAGUCUUUUCUUCGACACCGUUGCAACCCCCAUUGAGCGUAUGGAAGCUGUACUUUACCCCUUCGACGGUAGAGAGAAUCUUACUGUUCCUGGUCAAGCUCCCGGUGCACUUGAAUUGCGUAAAGGCACCAAGAGUACCUAUGAUAACUUCGUCUGGGCUAUUGUAAACAAGGAGACAAUGAAGCAGCUUCGUGAUAGCAGAUAUGACGUCUCCAUCACUGGUACUAAGGAUAGUCCUAAACUUCCAAACUGGGCAACUGUUAUGAGCGAGAGUGCUGAGACCACCGAGUUUUUGCUUACCCCUGAGCUUAUCAAGGCCGUGGAGAUGGCCGGGGAUCUUCUUGAGCAUCUUAUCAUCACAGAUCAACCAAUUGAUCAGCCGUUAAAACUUGACGAUACUGUUCCUAAGAAACGCAUCUACUUAUCCAUGAAGCUUCCUUCCGGUGACGAUUAUUCUCAAGUUCUUCCUAUGUUUGAACACUUCCUUAGAAUCACGGAUCAACUUGCAUCUGGCGCCCACUUCCGUCCAGAAGUCAUGCGUAAAGUUCGCAUGACACGUGAAGAUACUAUCAAGAGACUUCAGAAAGUGGACGAGGACGAAAGAGCUGAAGAGCGAGCUAUAGAACGUGAGAAGUCCAAGAAGUUGAAGAGAGAUCUUGAACUGAAGGGCUUAGAUGCUAAGGCACAAAAGAAGUACCUCGAAAAGGAAAAGGAGAAAGAGAUGAGGAAAGCUCAGAAGAAACAAACUCAACGAGGAUGA